UAUGAAAGCGGAGAUUUCGCUCUCAGGGAGGACGCGAAAUCUUGGCCGCUGUUGUGCCACGUUGAUACCUCGAGUAGCAACAUAAACGUGAGUUAUAAAUCACACAUUCUUCCCGAUGGAGUUUCCUUUUUUCCGCUUGGUUAAACCGUGCUUGUUAUGCAGGACACACCACAAUGGAAAUACUGGGUAGAAAAUUGUUCCGAGGUGUAAGGACACCAAAAACAUGCUUUAACUGCCAAUGACUUACAUGUCAAAAGGGUGAAAAAAAUAUGCAUCCAAACAGGAUGUAAUGAUAAUGUUCAGUAACUGCUCCAUCUAUUCAUUAAGAGGCAUGAGCACUGUAUUAAUUGUUUGUCUGAGUGCACAAUUAUCAAUAAUUAUUUUGCCACUUUUACUGUAAACAUGAAUUCGGGUGACAUGAGAGGAUUUAUAUCCCUAUCAAGGAUGCCAUAUGGAUGUCAUUUGUAUACUUUGGUUUAUCGUCUAAGUUUUCUAAAAAAACUUUAAGCAACGAAAACUUCACAUUUUAUGAUAACAAAUCCUGGCAAAUUUUCAUUCCCAGAUGCUGUUCAGUUUAAUUUUCAUUUAUCGCUCACGCUUAAGACAAUGCAAUCUUAUCCCGGUGUUCUUUCUUCUUUUAGAACGUGAAACCGCUCAAUGACUUGACAAGCAUUUUUAAGAGGGUUGUGGUAAAGGCCGGGUUCGACCCGAGGAGAAUCACCCACCAUUGAAACAGGUCGGUAAGUUCAUUUUCUUUACUAACAAGUGCAUACGGAACCAAUUCGAGGGAAAAUAGUUUUAGCGGAAGAGGAGCCUCUGGUAUGUUUUGAUGGACGAAAAACGUGCUCGCCGACGACUAUCCGGAAAAGGAAAUUUGUCUCUAAAAAACUGGUAAUAAUCUUCCUUGAUUCCUUUCAGGGAUUUGCCACUACCUUUAUUAUUAACCAAAUGAUUGAAAAUGAUGGGGUCUUCCCAAGAGAGGCCAUCUCCACCCUGUGUCGCCUCGCAGGGUGGAGCGAGAAGAGGGACACAUGUGCCCUAUACAUUAAAGAAGUGAUGGAGAGGCACUUAGACUCAAGUGCCUACAUCUACAGGUAA